AUGUCGGGUCUCGAGAAUGCGCUUUUCAAUUUAAAGUUCACAGCCAAGUCGCUGAACAGGCAGGCGCUCAAAGCCGGCAAAGAGGAACAGGCAGAGAAGACCAAGCUGGAGAAGGCUAUGAAACAGGGCCACAACGACAUUGCACGCAUAUAUGCCGGAAACGCUAUCCGCAAGCAGAAUGAGAAGCUCAACCUGCUGCAACUUGCCUCGCGCGUCGAUGCCGUCGCAGGUCGCGUGCAAACAGCAGUCACCAUGCGACAGAUCACAGGCAAUAUGAUGAAGGUCAACCGGAGUUUAGACGUGGCUAUGAAGUCUAUGAGUCCGGAGAGGGUACGCGACCUAACAGCUACUUGCGUCAUGGCCGCUGACAAUAUACAGAUCGCCUCCGUCAUGGUCGAUUUCGAGAAGCAGUUUGAGAACGUAGACUCAGCCACGGAACUCUACCAGGACAUCACCUCCUCCGCGACCGCCGUCGGUACACCACAAGAAGACGUCGACCGUCUAAUGGCGCAGGCAGCAGAUAAGGCAGGUGUAGAUCUACAGCAAGAUCUCCAAGAAGCCACACCGGUCAAGACCAAAGUUGGACCUACCGAGCAGGAAGAAGAGGCGUUCACCGAGAGGCUGCGCGCGCUAAGGAAUUGA